AUGCACGCCAAACAUCCCGAGUCGCCCGACUCGAUGGAUAAUUGUGGUCCCGUCGACGAAGAAGCCGUACCACCCACCACGGACCCAUCGUUCAGCCUUGCACCUGUUGACCCAGCACCUGACGAGAUGGAUGAGCUGACAAAUUCCCUUGGAUGUUUCACCCUCGGUGAGAUCGGAGAGCUGCGCUAUUUCGGCGCCUCCAGUAAUUUCUCCAUCAUUUCCAACCAUGCUAUCAAGAUCCCCUCGUCACUGCAGGCGAGGAAUCGGGGUAUCGAAGCAGCACGGGCAAUGCCUGGUUUCUUCGAACCCACAGAUCAACUCCGCGACGAGCUUCUCACCAUCUUUUGGAAGUGGCAGAACUCGUGGCAGUACAUCGUCCCGAGAGAACUAUUCGUUCGUGAUUUGUACGUUGACCAUGCAGGGCGGUACUGCACGCCACUUCUUCUCUCAGCCAUCUUGGCAUUCUGCUCAAGGUACUCGCGGCGACCAGAGCUGAGAACGGAUCCAUACGACGCAAACACGGCAGGAGAAGCGUUUGCUGCUCAAGCUAAAACAAUGCUGCAUCACGAGUAUGACGCCCCGACGACAUCAACAGUUCAAGCUGCUGCUCUUCUUGGUCUUUACUGGGCGUCCAUCGACAAUGAAGGGUUGGGUUUCAUGUACAUCGGCAUGGCCUCGAGAAUGGCUAUGAAUCUGGGUUUACACUGCGAUUGCUCAUCGUAUGCCGUCAAGAGUUUGAUCUCCGAGGAUGAUGUUGAAGCGCGGACAGUUACGUUUUGGGGCAUAUACGUCCUCGACAAGUAA